AUGAAUGUAACGCAAGAUGAAGUCUUAGCAUGGAGUUCAGGCAUUGAAAUGGUCGAUAGAUAUGCUGCUUAUUUAACAACUGAGUUAGUUAAAAGACUAAUUUAUUGUUUACCAGAUGAACAACAAUGCAUAGACGGUACAGAUGAAGAUCGUUGUGAAGAAUUAGAGUUGAAUGAGUGUGAAGAAAAUGAAUAUCGUUGUCAGGAUGGAUUAUGUAUUGGUGAACAAUAUUGGUUAGAUGGUGAAUAUGAUUGUUUAGAUCAAACGGAUGAACAAGAAGGUCACAUUGAUUUUUCAGCCACAGCAUGGUGUCCAUUGGUUUCUUCGCAAUUUAGUUGCGAAGAAAUCAACCGACAAAUCAUGUUCUUUUGUGAGUAUAUACAAGUAUCGAAUGAUCUAAGCUUAUGGACACUUGAGAAUGGUCAUUGUGUUAGUAAUGAAUGUGAACUUCUAAAAACCUAUAUUCGGUUACCUUCGUCAGUAUUGGCUUUACCAGAAAAUGGUAACGCUUUUGUAUUUCGUCAAUAUUGUGACACUUUAUGGCAAUUACCGGUAGGUUUUGAUGAAUUAUUUUGUGAUCAAUGGGUAUGUUCGCCAGAUGAGUAUCAAUGUUUGAGUGGACAUUGCAUUACAUUUAAUGAAUUCAUGAAUGAGGAUGAUGUAAAUUGGCAUUGUCCAGAUGCGUCUGACAAAAUCGGUCUUUCUCGAAUUAAACAGUUAAAACAACACAACGCCAUGCUUCUCAAUCAUACCAAAUUUCUUCACAUCAAAUACGAUCGACUUUAUAAUAUUGAUUUAAGAGAAUCGCCUUUAUUUACAACAUUUUGUAAACAUCCCAAGGAAUAUGGAUGUAUAUUAGCCAAUAUGAACGAAUCAAUAAACUUUCAUGUUCAUCGACCGUGUAUUAAUGUGACGCAAAUAGGUGAUGGUAUUAUUGAUUGUUAUGGAGGAUUAGAUGAGCGUAAUUUAUUAAGCUGUGGCAAUAAUACUUACAAACAGCGUGGCUUUGAUUUUCAUUGCAGUGAUCAAGAAUGUAUACCAUAUCAUCUUCUUUGUGAACAACGUUGUUCAAACAAUGCAGAUAAACUACUAUGCGAUCAAAUACCAAUGCUUCGGAGCCCAGAGUGUCGUCAUCUCACACGAUCUGAGAUUUGUACUAGUGAGCAUGGGCAUGGGUGCAAUAUAUCUUCAACCGAUGAGUACUAUUGCGACCGUUCUCGAAUUGUUAAGCAACAUUGCAUUUUAGAGAACGUAUAUAUAAUAAAAAUUAUACACUUAAAAUAUACUACAGCAACAAAUUGAGUAAUAUUUUAUUCUCACUACUUGAUUUAUUUGAAGAAAAUUGCUUAGAUAAUAUAAUUCGUAAAUGUUCUGCAAUAAAAAACGAGGAAGAAGUGUUGAAAGAUAUUUUCUUUUUCUAUCAUUUCGAACAGAAUCUUACAGACGCCAGGUUCUAUAUCGAUUCGGAGCAAGAUAUAAACAACACUUAAGGAUUUAUUUACCUACGUAUUCACAAUUGCAAAAAAUCGAUUUAUUUGACAUUAAUUCAAUGCCGCAACAAGAAACAAUCACUAAUUAUACACAUUUUCCUUAUAAAGAAGAAAAUGACGGACAAGAAGGAUUGAUAUGUGGUAGAGGAGUUGCAAUCAGAAGAAAUAAAACGAAUACAAUAGAAUGUUUUUGUCCUCCGAGUUUGUAUGGUGAAUAUUGCCAACAUUUCAGUGAUCGUAGAACUAUUAUAACAAGUCUUUAUAAUAUAUCACAAAAAUUAUUAGAACAAUCAUCGAAUACAAUCAAAAUUUUAGCAUUACUGUUAUCUGAUGAUAGCGUCAUUGAUUAUUAUAUUUUUCAUGUUCCAUUGAUUUUUUCUAAAAAUUUAAAUAAAAAAUUUCGUUUCAAUCUUAUUCAUUCACGACCAAAAAUAUUAUCAGAAUCAUAUACAGUUCGAUUUGAAGCAUACCCAGGUCAAACACGCUCGGUCGUACACGACCGUACACCAACUAAUU